AUGUCUGACGCAGAAUCUGAACACGAUGAAGGCGCUGAAGAAGUAGAAGAUGAAAAUAAAUCAGAAAAUGAAGGUGAAGAAGAAGAAAAAUCUGAACAUGGCGAAGAAGAAGCUCAAGAAGAGGCUCGAGAAGAAGUUCCAUUAACGGAUGAAAUUAUUGUACAAUCACUAUCAUUAUUGGCUAAAACGGGAAAUGGUCUAGCACAUGCGUAUACUCGAUUUGAAGCAACAAAUCGAAAUUUAACGGAUAUAACUCGUCUUGAACCAUUUGUUCAUUUACGUUUUGUUGAUUUAUCAAAUAAUGGCCUUCGUACAAUAACAUCAUUGAGUCGUUUGAAAUUUUUAUUAACACUUAAAUUAGAUGCAAAUGAAUUAUCAUCAUUUGAUUUACCACCAUUUCCAUAUUUACAAACACUUCGUUUAAGUGAAAAUCGUAUACGAUCUAUGAAUGGAAUUGAACAACCAAGAUUAGAAAUACUUAAUCUUAAUCAAAACCAAAUUGAAAGUUGUGAAGGUCUUGAUCAAAGUAAAUUACCAAAUUUAAUGACACUUGAAUUACGACAGAAUCGUUUAACAACAACGAAAGGAUUAUCGUUACCUAAUUUAAAAAAUUUAUUUCUUGCAGCUAAUGAAAUAACAAAACUUGAAGAUUUAACUGAAUUAAGUCGAUUAACAUUACUUCAUUUACGUGAUAAUAAAGUUGGAACAUUAGAUGGUUUUAGUGAAAAUAUGAAACAAUUGCAAUAUGUCAAUUUACGUGCGAACGAAGUUACUGAUCCAGAAGAACUUAAAAAAUUGGCUGUAUUACCUAUGUUAAGAGCACUUGUUUUAUUAGAAACACCUUUAUCCGAAACUGAUUCAUAUCGAACAGACGUAUUAGUAGCACUUGAUAAACUUGAACGAUUGGAUAAAGAUCAAUAUGAUGAAGAUGAAAGAGCUGAAGCAGAUGAUGAACGAAAACGUCGAGCUGAAGAAAGUCAAGAAGCAGCAACAGAAGAUGGUUCAAAAGCAGGAGAUGCUACUGAAGGAGGAGACUGA